AUGCUCGGAAAACACCUCACAAGUGCUUCAGAAGAUUGGGUUAAUUCCGACAGCAUCCAGUAUGAAGUGAUUAAUGCCCAACUUCGCGGCGAUGGCACCGAAGAGGACGGAGAGAAGGAAGAAGAGGAGUCAGAAUCACUUGUAGCAGGGGUCUAUGAAAGGUAG